AUGAUUGUCUUUCUGUAUGUUUUAAGUUUAAUGAUUACUCUGGCUAUAGAUGGAAUUCAAUCGCUGGCGUGCCCUGAAUUCUGUAUCACACCUUGUAAUCAAACUUCCGGCAUAUGUAAUCGAGGUUGUAGAACCGCUGCAUGGGGAGUAUACUGUGAGAGAAAAUGUCCUAGUCUCUGUUAUGACAGCACGUGCUCUCAGACUAAUGGGUCUUGUUUGUCUUGUCAUAAAGGAAGAUGGGAGAAACAUUGCGAAAACCACUGUUCUAUUUUCUGCAACAAUUUAUAUUGUGAUGACAAAGGCGGAUGUAUAAAUGGUUGUAAAGAUGGACGAUACGGCACUUCCUGUCUUGAAAAAUGUAGUCCCGGCUGUGUUGAAAAUUUGUGUAACCCGAAAGACGGAACCUGUGCCAGUGGCUGCAAGGAAGAUUAUUAUGGUCUCAAAUGUGAAAAAAGAAACAAUUCAAAUUGUCAGCCAUCGACGUGUAGAAAUCAGAGUGAUGCCGGUAGUAUUUGUUGCGCUGGCUUCUACGGUGAAUUGUGCUCUAAAAUCUGUAGCCCGAACUGUUUUAAUAAUUUUUGUGAUUCAAAAGAUGGUAAUUGCACAGAAGGUUGUAAAUCUGAAUGGACUGGAGAAAAAUGUGACGUGAAAAGCUUAAUCAACACUUCAAACUUCAACUUCGAACUAUUGAUAAUCAUCAGUUUGGGAGUAUUGCUGGUCAUUUGCCUCCUUAUAUUCACGAUCAGAAGAUGUGGAAGGAACUUUUCGUUUGCCGAUCCCUCUUCAAACAGUUUUUCAAGUUCUGCCACACAAGCAACAACGGUUUCAAUUCCUGGAGCAGAUGAACCAACAAGUCCUGUUGGUUCUCAGGUUCAGACCAUUGUAAGGAGCCCAGAUGGACUGAGUGGGGCCAGCCAAUCAAGUGGUUACGAAGAAAUUACCAGAUUACCAGAGACCGUCGAUUAUUAUUCUUAUGCUUAUGCAAACUUAAAGCAAUAUGAGCUGCAAAUAGACUACCAUCUUGCAUCAUUUGCAACACCUGUGGUGAAUUCCUCUAUAAUUAAGGCCAAGACAAAGGCUUUCCACGAACAUGCUGUCUUCUGCGCUAGCCAAGGGUUUCUGAUACGAAACUUUCCUCAUGAGGAGAGUAUCGUAAUGGAAACCCUUUGGCCAGCGAAGAUGACUUCUAGUAGUCUUGCUGUUUGUAUACAGCUAGGAAUGUGUUGA